GGCUAGCGCAAUUCGAGGGAAGGAUCAAGCCCAUAGGCUGGGUGGGGGGACAGAAGACCACCCUCUCUCUUUGGGUCAGCUACAGGUUGCAAUGACAAGUGUCCAUCUGAGGCCUGUUUUGCUCCUGGGUUCCUUUAAAGCACUCUCCGGACCUCAUUGGUUCCCAAAUCUAGCCUUCCGAUUGACUGAGGAUUCUUUACUAACCUUGCUGCAGACACAGGGAGAUGUUCAGCCUCCACUUCUAGAAGGCUUUGCUUGGUCAUCCUGAGAAGUCCGUUUACUUAUUCAGCUUGCACUGUGUUUGAGUUCCGUUUUUGCCAAAAGCUGGCCUGGGAUCACUGUUAAUGUUCAAGGGAUGGAGGCAAAAGUACAGUCUCGAAAAGGGAAUUCCACGUGCCAGAACCAAAGAUUCAGAAAAGAGCUCGAGCCAUGAUGCUUUCGCAUUUUGAGUCUGUGUGCUAAGGUUUGAGCAAUUUAUCUAGGGAAGCUGUUGCGAAGAAUUCUCCACCUUUCUGCUAAACAGAGACCGCUUCCCCAUUUCCACCAACGGCUGAAAUUUGCGAAAUUUCCUGGUGGUUGGAAUAGGGGGCUUCUCCUGCUCCCACACAAGCGAUGCCGUGACUGGCCAGCAUCCUAUUUCAGUGGCCGGCCUCUCUGCUUGGAGGUGGAUUUCGUGGCCGGGCACAAUGCAGACUCUCCGGGUGUUCGCCAUAGCCUGGUUGCUGCUUGGGGAAGCCAAUGCCCGGCUGUGGAAUUCCAAGAUCCCAGAGUCCCACCACUGGGAUGGCAGAGGACAGCCCGGUGGGAUCCAGGAGUCGGCCGCAAGCGUGGAUUGCAGGGAGGUGGGGAAACAGAAUCAGUCUGAACGCUGCUCCUUCAUCCAGAGUAACCCGGACUGCAAGAUGGAUGGCGGGUUCCUAAGCUACCUCAACGGAGUCUUCUGUGUCUUCCCGGCCACUCUGCAACCUCUGGCGAUAACCCUCUAUGCUCUGUGGCUGCUUUACUUAUUCAUUAUCCUCGGCGUCACUGCUGAGAAAUUCUUCUGUCCUAAUUUAUCGGCCAUCUCCACCAAGCUGAAGUUGUCGCACAACGUGGCUGGUGUUACCUUUCUGGCCUUCGGGAACGGCGCGCCAGAUGUUUUCAGCGCCGUGGUAGCAUUCUCCGAUCCACGGACAGCCGGCCUUGCCAUCGGGGCUCUCUUUGGUGCCGGCAUCUUCGUCACAACCAUGGUCGCGGGCGGCAUAGCCCUGGUGAGGCCGUUCACUGCGGCGUCCAGGCCGUUCCUCAGGGAUGCCGUCUUCUACAUGGUGGCCGUGUUCCUGACGUUCGUGGCGCUGUAUUUUGAACAGGUCACGCUAGCAGAAAGCCUGAGUUACCUGGGCCUCUACAUCUUCUAUGUCCUGACGGUUGUGGUCUCCACCUGGCUGCACAAGAGGCAGCGGCAGGAGAGGCUGGCCCCUCCCAGUCCUGGGGAACCAGAGCUUCCGACUGACUCUGAUGACGGAGAUGCAUCAAGCACCGGCCGAGGGGACUACGGGGAAGAAUACCAACUCUUGCUGCCAUCACAGGAGAGUACGCUGCAGAUCCUGACACAUUCCAUGAAUCCGCUGGAUUACAGGAAGUGGAGGAGGAAGUCCUGUCACUGGAGGAUGCUCAAAGCUUGCAAGUUGCCGGUGGAGGUUGUGCUGCUGCUGACGGUGCCGAUUGUGGACCCCGACCGGGAGGACCAGAACUGGAAGCGGCCCCUGAACUGCCUGCACCUGAUCACCGGCCCCCUCGUCUGCAUCCUCACACUGAAAUCCGGCGCGUAUGGGUUUUUCAAGAUCCAAGGCGUCUUCCCCAUCUGGGGCCUGGUGACUCUGGUGGGGGCCGCCGUGGCCACGAUCGUCUUCUGCACCACGAGGAACGAGGAGCCCCCUCGAUACCACUGCGUUUUCGCCUUCCUGGGUUUCCUGGUCAGCGCUCUGUGGAUCAACGCUGCAGCCACGGAAGUGGUGAACAUCUUGAGGACUUUGGGCGUGAUCUUCCGUCUGAGCAACACCGUCCUGGGGCUGACGUUGCUGGCCUGGGGGAACAGCAUUGGGGACACUUUCUCUGACCUCACCAUGGCUCGGCAGGGAUACCCCCGCAUGGCCUUCUCGGCCUGCUUUGGUGGCAUUAUCUUCAAUAUGCUUGUCGGAGUGGGACUUGGCUGCCUGCUGCAGAUGACCAACAGCAAGCUCGUUGUCAGGCUGGAGUCGGACGGCCUCCUGGUGUGGAUCCUGGCUGGGGCGCUGGGCCUCAGCCUCGUCUUCUCCUUCCUCUCGGUGCCCGCACAGUGUUUCCGCUUGGGCCCAGCAUACGGGUGCUGCCUCAUCGCUUACUACGUGGUAUUCCUGACGAUUGCGCUUCUGACCGAGUUCAGGGUGAUCCGGGUUUCCUCUGUCUGACAAAACACACCUCGUACUUCGGGCCUUGCUUAAGUCUCCACGGGGUGGCGAAGCAGCUGCAGAUCUGCUCGGGGCCUGGCUGCUCAACUUGAAGAAUGGUGCCUUACAACAUGGCGGGCAGGUACCACUGGCACAUCCAAAGAGUCCCGUCGGUUGGCUUUGAGCGUGGCCGCAAGAAGGGAGACCAGCAAAAAUCGGGAAAGCAGGGCUGUGCUGGAGCUGCAAACAUCACACUCCAGCUGCUUUCCAGCCCCCAAAAUCCAGGGAUUUGGGGACCAGAUUAAGGCCUCAGCCCAGACGCCUUGAGAAGCUACCAGCCCCCAGCUAGGAGUAACUUUUCUAAAGAAAGGCGCAAUUUAGAUUUGAAAUGGUGAAAUGUUCUUUUAGAACAAGAUGUGAUUAUUAUUUGGAGGGGAGGCAAAUAUGGCUAGAAGCCAUUUUCGCUCCCGUCUUAACUAGGAUGAAGAUGUUACGGCAUCAGUACCUCUGGUAUGCACUCACUACUUCAUUACUUAUGAGCUUUGGUUGCUAAAAUAAGGUUUAAAUGAGCAGUGGCCUGUACGACCAAGAGAUUGUCUAUUCCAGGUUAAAAAAUCAGGUUUCCAAAUGCUUCCUUCCAUGCAAGCAUGAGGUAUCUGCUUGCUUGGGGGAUCCCCAAAGUUUGUGGAAAAUCCUCAAAGAGGGAAACCAGAACAGCCCAAAAUACUGAUGGGUGGGGAAGAAUGGAAUGCUUGGAAGAGGGAAUGGAAUGAUGCCACUACUUACGUGGGGAGAAGUAUAUAUAAAAAUGUGGAAAGAUCAGGAGAAAAGGCCUCACAAGUCGAAGGACAUCAUUCCUUGACCCUAAUAACCAGGUCUGAUGAGAGGGAAAGUUUCUAAUGCCUGUUGUUCAUAGCGGGUCAGCAGCAGUGCCUGUAUCUAGUGGAAGCCUCUGGUUUUGUGUCUUGUCUCUGGUUUUCCGCACAUCUUUGUUGGAUGCUUCAGAUGCUUUAAAAAUAACCUUUUUAUUUUUGCUCUGUGUCCCUCUUUCUCUUCUGCCAUCGGUGAUGCUGGGCAAGCAUUAACACUCACACACACAC